AUGCUCAGGCCGCGUAUCAUUAUGCGCGGUAGUUUAGGAUCCUCGGAUCUGGUUUAUAGCGAUCUUCACUGCGUAAAUGAAGAUGGCGAGAAGGCUGAUCGUGGCGUAGUGCAAUACGAAGAGCCCGGAGAAAGGAUUGUGGAGAAUGCCUUGCUUGAUCUGCUCUCAAAGAUGCUGGUGUUGGAUCCGGAUCGUCGCCUGACCGCAGCUCAGGCACUUUCUCACCCAUACUUUGCUGAAUAUCACGACGAAAACGACGAACCCGUUGGAACCCCCUUGGAUGAUGAGCUGAUCGACGCAGACAAUCUCACUGUUGAGGAAUGGAAAGGUGAGGGUUUAAAUUUAUCAAUGUCUAGAGGAUAA